CAACCACAACCACUCAUCCUCUCUUGUGUCGCUCUUCUAUUUACCCGCGGACCUAACAACCGUGUGGUGUCAUACCAUACCAUCCCGAGAACCGACGAUCGGUGACCCCAAACCGUCAUCACUCCCUUCUACAUGCCCAGACCAUAUUUUAUUCAAUGAUUGUGUUGAUCUGCUUGACUCCGCAGCUGACAUCUCCGAUUCUCCCCUUGUUCCAUUGAUUCUUCAAUAUUCUGUGUUGACACCCUCUAGGUCAAUACACCUUUUCUCUCUUUCGCUUUUUAUUCUCCUUUGUCAAGUUCCAAUCCAAACCCAUUCUUCUAGAUAUUCUUCCCGCCGCCAAAAUGCCCCAGCCACAAUUGCCUUUCGAGUUGAAAGACAAGGACUUGUUGCAUCAAGACUCGUAUGUUGAUGGAAAAUGGGUGCAGUCCAAAUCUGGCAAACGAUUUGACAUCAUUGACCCUGGUUCCGACAAGAAAUGGGCUUCGUGUCCUGACAACGCCGUAGAAGAUGUCGACGCUGCCGUCCAGUCGUCCUACAAGGCCUUUAAAGAAUACUCAAUCGUCAACCCUCGCAAGCGGGCACAGAUGCUGUUAAAAUGGCACGAACUCAUCACCGCCGCCAAAGAUGACCUGGCCAAGAUCCUGACUUAUGAAACGGGAAAGCCCCUGCCAGAGGCAUACGCCGAACUUGACUACUCACUAGGCUUCACCUGGUGGUUUGCAGGUGAGGCCGAACGCAUUCAAGGAACAGUGUCGGUCCCGAGUGCGCCGAACCGACGGACCUUUGUCAUCAAGCAGCCGAUCGGUGUCGCCGUCGCCUUGGUGCCGUGGAAUUUCCCCAUUGCCAUGAUCCUGCGCAAGGCCGGCGCCGCCUUUGCCGCCGGCUGUACCAUGAUCGUGAAACCCAGUCCAGAGACCCCACUGACCUGCCUCAGCCUGGCCUAUCUUGCCUCCAAAGCAGGCUUCGCACCGGGCGUCUUCAACGUCCUCACCACCUCUCUGGAAAACACUCCAUCCCUCUCUGAGGCUUUGAUCGUCCACCCACUCACCAAAAAGGUCACCUUUACCGGAUCGACCCGUGUUGGAAAGAUUGUCGCAGGUCUCUGUGCCAAGGGGUUGAAGAAAUGCACGCUCGAACUCGGCGGCAAUUGCCCGUUUAUCGUGUUUGACGACGCCGACCUCGACCAGGCACUUGCGCAAUUUAUGGCCUUGAAGUGGCGCCAUGCUGGUCAAGCCUGCAUCACCGCCAACCGUCUGUACGUGCAGGCCGGAGUUUAUGAAAAGUUUACCCAGAUGUUGGUGGAAAAGACCAAGACUCUCAAGGUCGGUCACGGUGCCACCGAGGGUACCACCAUGGGACCGGUCACCACCCCGCGCGGUCUGGCCAAAGCCGAAGAGCAGGCAGCCGACGCGAUCAAACGCGGAGCCAAGGUCGUCCUAGGCACAGGUAAAGCAUACAAGAACUCGACUGAAGGUGAAGGCAGUGGGCGCGGUAACGGAGUGGGCGGAUAUUUCAUGGAUCCCACCAUUCUGACCGACAUGUCGAGCGACAUGCUCAUUUUCAAAGAAGAGUCAUUUGCACCUAUUUGUGGAAUCUUCAAGUUUGAAAAAGAGGAAGAGGCGGUGCGGUGGGCCAACGACACCAGUAUGGGCCUCGCCAGUUAUGCAUUCACCAAAAAUGUGGACCGGAUAUGGCGAAUGUUGGAGAACCUGGAAGCUGGCAUGAUUGGUUUGAACACCGGCAAUCAAUCAGCAGCGGAAUCGCCGUUUGGUGGCAUCAAGGAGUCUGGCUAUGGCAAGGAAUCCGGAAAGGAUGUUGCUGUGAAUGAAUACCUGAUUUCCAAGACUGGCACCUUGACCAUUGACGGGCAGUACUGAGGGUUAAUGCGUCGGACUGAGGGAUCUUGACAAUAGUUUAUAGACAUAUGGAGGUAUAUGGAGGCAGAUUGUAGCAGACUGACGGUCGAAAUACCUAGUCAAUGAAUCAAACAACAGACGUGUAUUGAAUGAA